UAGAGUCGAAGGCGGUGUUUUGGCUGUACGGUGACGUUUUAAGGCAGGUCCUGGUCAAAUCUACCAAUGAUACAAGUCGGUCCUAUUCUGCUGGGACUGAUCGCGAUGAACGGGUGUCGGAGCUCUGCACGGCAAAGGAGUAACCACAGCGAGACGAGGCGAUCAAGGGGAUGCGGCAUCGGUACGCGGGAGCUGUCCAUCAGCACCAAAUCCCCGACGGAAAGCAAGGAAGCAGCAAGCAGAGCCGAGACCAAGUCGCUCCUGUUUUCAGCCUGCCGCCCCCGCCCUCUUCUCACCACCGAGACCGCACUUCAACCGCCGCCGCUCACCGCCAGAGCCUCCAGGAGCUCCCCUGUCUGAGUCAGCCCUCUCGGAGACCUGUUCACAGCGGCGACCCACUACCUCUGGCGAGCUACGACACCACCCAGCGACCUUCCCACCGAGGCACUGAACCCAGCACCGGGCAGCCGGCGCACCUGCAGCAGGAUCCCUGGGCCCCGGCCGGUUCUCAGCAGCAGCAGCACCCGCCGCCGCAGUCAGAGAAACAGCCUGUUUUUCCAACCUGCCACUGCAGUUUUUCAGAGCAGGAGGCGAGCUUUUCUCACAACCAGCCCCAUCCUGUCGACCCUCUCCCACCGCAGCCCUCCCCACCUUUUCCGCCGCCUAUACCCCCGCCACCAACGUCGUCCUCCUCUUCUCUGCUCUUUUCCCGGGAAUCUAAAAGGGGGGAUCGUCUCCAAAGGAGUGCCAACAAUUACCAACAGGCAAGCAUCGUGGAACGCUGCAGGGGAGGAGGAGGAGCAGGAGGGCACCGAGACCACAGGCAGUUGUUGCAGCAACAGCAGCAGCAGCAGCAGCAUCAACAGCACUGUCAUUUAAGACUCCAACAGAGGGACCCCUCCCCUGAAGGAAUCCAUGCAAACUCACAGAAAGGGCGCUCUUUAAAUGUAUGUGAGUCAACCCAGGCUAGGAGAGCAUUCGAGUCUCAGACUCAGGACCUGCAGCAGCAACAGAUACCACAAUUACGAGCGCAGCAACAGCUACUGGUGGGGAGCAGCUUGCCUAUCAACUACUGCGCCAGCGGCUCAGGAGAGCUAUGUAGGACUCACCAGGCUCCACUGCUGCACCAGCAACAGCAAGAGCGGCAGCAGCAGCAGCAGCAGCAGCAAGGCGCACUGGGGCUCUGUCCCCAGCGUCCGCAGCACUGUGAACAAGACCGCAAUAAGUCUGGGAGGAACACCGUGCAAGGCGACCAGGCGCAGCCGCACAGCCGCGACUCCCGCGUAACCCCCCCGGUAACACAACAGGCGUACGCGGGGAACUCGUCUGCGACUGGCAGCAACAGCAGCAAAGACAGCCCCAACUACGGCUCGAGCUAUCACCUGUGGCCAGAGAGCCCGCAUAAAGGAGAGGAGACUAUAUGUAUCGACCUCCAUAAGGCCACUACUGAGAAGAAGAAGCUGAGCCAUGCUGGAUCCAAGCCCUCCCUCUCUGAGAGCUGUGGCCGACUCCCUCAGAUAGCCAUGAACACCUGCAAGUACAAUGGCGGAGUGGUGAGACCACUAGUGGGCAGCCUGGCGUCCUCGUCGCGCCGCAACCUCGCGGAGCUCGACUCGGAGACGCAACCCUUGCAGACACUGCACAGCUCUGGCCUGGAAGUGGUGGUGUCCAAGGGCAACGCCGGCGAAGACCCCAGCAAGGCCUCCAACGAGAGCUUGGUCAGGGAGGGCAGCGGGCGCAGCGGAGGCAGGGCUCCCCAGAAGAAGAACCGAGACAUCGGCUACAAGCUCGGCCACCGGAGGGCGCUGUUUGAGAAGCGGAAGCGGUUGAGCGAUUACGCACUCAUCUUCGGGAUGUUUGGGAUCGUUGUCAUGGUGACAGAGACGGAGCUGUCAUGGGGGGUUUACACUAAGGAGUCUUCAUACUCAUUUGCACUGAAAUGCCUUAUCAGCCUUUCCACUGUUAUAUUGCUUGGUCUUAUAAUAAUGUACCAUGCCCGGGAAAUCCAGCUGUUUAUGGUCGACAAUGGUGCGGACGAUUGGAGGAUAGCCAUGACCUAUGAGCGAAUCUUCUUCAUUGUGCUGGAACUACUGGUGUGUGCCAUCCAUCCCAUCCCGGGCCAGUAUGUCUUCACUUGGACGGCACGGCUGGCCUUUACGUACAUGCCGUCAGUGGCCGACGCUGACGUGGACAUCAUCCUUUCCAUCCCCAUGUUCCUGAGACUCUACCUGAUCGGCAGGGUCAUGUUACUCCACAGCAAACUGUUCACGGACGCUUCGUCUCGCAGCAUCGGCGCCCUCAACAAGAUCAACUUCAACACACGCUUUGUCAUGAAGACACUCAUGACCAUCUGCCCAGGAACUGUUCUGCUGGUCUUCAGUAUAUCCUCCUGGAUCAUUGCUGCAUGGACUGUGCGUGUCUGUGAGAGGGAUACCAUGUAUCAUGACAAACAGGAAGUGACCAGUAACUUCCUGGGAGCCAUGUGGCUCAUCUCGAUUACCUUCCUCUCUAUUGGCUACGGGGACAUGGUACCACACACGUACUGUGGGAAAGGCGUGUGUCUGCUUACAGGGAUCAUGGGAGCUGGUUGCACUGCACUGGUGGUUGCAGUGGUGGCCAGGAAGCUGGAGCUGACCAAGGCUGAGAAGCAUGUCCACAACUUCAUGAUGGACACACAACUCUGCAAACGAGUAAAGAACACAGCUGCCAAUGUACUCAGGGAAACAUGGCUCAUUUAUAAACACACCAAGUUGGUCAAGAAGAUAGAUCACGCCAAGGUGCGGAAACACCAGCGCAAGUUUCUCCAAGCCAUUCACCAAGCUCAGAAACUGCGCAGUGUGAAGAUGGAGCAGAGGAAACUCAAUGAUCAGGCCAACACCUUGGUGGACCUGGCAAAGACCCAGAAUGUGAUGUAUGACCUGGUGUCAGAGCUACAGGAGCGCAGUGAGGAGCUGGACAAGCGCAUCGGCACAUUGGAGGACAAGCUGGACUCGGUGACGGGCAGCCUGCAGGCGCUGCCCUGCCUCAUCUCCCAAGCCAUAACCCAGCAGCAGCAGGACUUCCUGGACGGCUUUGUUCACCGCUUUCGGCCCGCUUCGCUAGCCUCCGAGCGCUCCGAGCGCUCCGAGCGAUCCUGGACUUCCACCGCCCGUAGGCGGCGCUCUCCAUCCACAGCACCACACACCUCCUCCGAUAGCGGAUAACCUUGACAAGCCCUCUGUAGUCAUCCCCCAGACCCAUGCUUCAUCUCGUUCUGUCCCCUCCACAGCUGUCCCUAUAUCGGUUGGCGAGUCCGCGUCUGGACUAAUAACCAACUCAUAUCUUGACCCCUGACCUGAUUGUCGCCCUUAUUCUCUCCCUCCCACCACUCAUUCACUAUUUCCCUCCUCCCCCAACCAAUGAAAAAUCCAAAAACCAAUUCCUCUGUGACUGAGCCGCCGCUCAGCACAGACCUGGAUUAGAGCUACUCGAAAAGAACAGAGAAAGGCAAAGACUUAAAUCAAGAAAAAACACAAAUGCAUCCAAAAAAAGAAAAAGAGAAAAAAAAAUACAAAAAAUGACUGAAAACCGAGAUAAAGUAGAGAUAUGGUUUAUGUUUUAGCCAUUGUAUGGCUGUCCAAGUUAGCUUUUUUGUAAAAGCCCUUGUAUAGUUAAAAAAAAAAAAAAAAAAAAAAAAAAAAACGAGUUCAGGGUCGCUGGGGUGAGAGCUGGCUAUCACACCGGAGAGUCCUUAACCACGAGGGGGGGUGAGGGGGAAGCUGGUCAGUGGAUCUUAGGGCCUUGGCUCACCUGCUGGCCCUACGAGGCCAUGGAGGACAUUUGUCCACCCAUCCGUCCGUCUAUCUGUUUGUCCGGUGAGGAGAGCGAGACAAACCAUUGGAUUUCCCUUUCAAAAGACUAGUGUCAUGGGUUCUUUCCCAUAGGUUAGGGUGAAAGCUGUAGGAGAUGCUACAAAAGCUCUGACUUCAGGUCAGAGCUUGAAAAUGCACUUAAGGGGGAGGGGAAACUGUCACACAUAAGAAUAGCAAAGGGGAUGCACAUGGCAUUACUACUGGGUAGGAAAAAAUUACACAAUUGCCAACUUCAAGGUAUCAGCUUCCUUGUUCUUACCAAGGGAAAAAUGAGAGCGACUAUCUUUUUUAGUUACAUAUUGACAUGUGAUUUUUCAGUGCCUGAAUGUAUAAAUAGUAGAGGGUUAUUUAAUUACUAAUUUCAGAGCUUUUUUACGAUGUUAACAGUCUGAAUACAGCAUUGCAUUCCUUUUUCAGAUACAUUCCUCUCCAAAAAUCUAAAGAAAAUGUCUUAAUGUAGUGCAUAACAUUGCCUCCAUUACAUUGCAACUCUAAAUGUUUUGAAACCUUUUUUUUUUUUUCCCACAUUUCUACUAACACAGUGAGAAAUGAGGACGUUCACAGAGAAAGUGAAAGUAAGACGGACCGAGAGAGUGUUUGUCAGAGAGCGAGUUCACAUUUAGCUCAGUGCUGCACACUCAACAAUAAUCAACAAUGAAAUAUGUAGUAGUCUACCUUACUCACCAACACCGUUUAGAGCUUCCUGUAGUCUUCGGAUGAUGACAUGGCUCGAGGUCUGCUGGUGUGCAGCUUCACAUCACUGGUCAAACUGAGAAACUAACAGAGCUCUUUUGCUCAGUUCUGUGCAUAAAUGGAUCACAAUCUUCCUUGGAUGGAUGAAUUAUUUAUAUGAUUUUGAUUUUACUUUAGUUUGUUUUUUGCUUUUCUUUCUUUGUUAUUUAAUUUUUUUUUUUUUUACUAAAUUUUAUUAAAAUUCUUCUUUUUUUUAACUAGUAGAACACUUAGGGAUUUUAUAGUUGGAGGUCUUAAAGAGUUGCAGUAAUGUGAUUGUGUAAUUGCAUUCCCUGUUCAAAAUAUGAAGUGAAGAAGAAUCCCUAUCACGAACGAAUCCUGAAAAGUUACAAAUAAAAGUGCUGAAGAAACUUUGACGUUAGAGGACAGUGACUCGAUCCAUCUGCAAAUGUAAAGGAAUAGUUUGACAUUUUGAUCAAAUAUGUAGUGCUUAUGUGCUUUCUUGCUGGGUGUUUCCACAUUGUUACCACUCAUGUCUGUACUGUAAAUAUGAAAUUAGCUUUACAUUAGUUUAGCUGCCUAGCUGGAAGACAUGUAAAACUCACCUCUAAAAGUUUACUAUCGGCAUCUGGUUACCUUAACAGCUAGCAGCUAGCUACCCAAAGCUACCGAAAUUCACAUGCUAACAGCUCCAAAGCUAACUACUUAACUUGUUACACAAUGUUUGUGGGUUUAUGUGUUUACUGUUACUUCCUGACCAGCUAGCUGAGCUACCUGGUUGCUAGCAGUAACUUUAUAUUUACUGUGCAGACUUAAUUGUACUAAGGUAACUGUCAGCAAGAAAGGAGAAAUUUGAGCUAUUCUUCGAGCAUUAUCUUUGUCUUUCCAAAUGACACAAUUAUAACUGAAAAAAUAGAGAAUAUAGUAAAUAUCAGAGGUUCCCAGGGCUGCAAUGAAUCCCAAGUUUUUUUUUUAUUAUUAUUUGAAGACAUACUAAGGAUUUUACCAAAGCACAUGAAUUAGGCACAGAGCAGGAAGUGUUGGGGGGCUAGCAUGCUGUAGAUAGAAUGGUAGGUAACCUCAAUCCCAAACGGAUAUUUGUCCUGAAAAUCAUCUUUAUUGGCCCUUAAGCUAACCAAAAAAAAAUAGCAUCUUUAUUAUUUCCUAGGUUUCCAAGCUGCUAGGUGAAAGUUAAACCCUGAGAGACAGUCCAUUCUCCCACAGGCUUUGGGCUGACCAGAGAGCACUUCUUCGAAAGAACAUAUUCCGUUUGCUACAAGUGGAUCUUAAUCAAGCAUGAAUACGAGCUUUUUUCCUUUCAACUUGAGUUGAUGAAGCAUGACUCUUUACUUCCCCCACCUCUAGCCACAUCUCAUACAGUGCUCCACUCCACUGUGUUAGUACAUUAUAAAGGGAUCUUUCAUGCCAUUACAGUCUCCGUUUCAAUCAGCGUCAUCCAGUGAGUCAGGGAGGCUAAUGGAAGAGGAUCUCCUUGAUUACGACCUCACCUGCCUUUUCCUAUCUGAGGUUGCCACCUCUUCAUUAUCUGAGGUUAAGAUUUGCGUUAGUCAUCUGUCAUCGUUAAGAACAUCAGUCCCCAACACGCAAAGGGGCUUCCCAAAUGGCCCGCAGCAAAGGCCUCUAAGUGGUUCAAAAAAAAAAGAAAGGAAGGAAGAAGCAAGGGAAACCCAGGUCAUGUUCCAUUUUGCACUCGGUGUGCAAUAUUCAGUUUCACCAGGAAGGAUCACAGAUGCUGCAGCGUCUUCCCCAGAGAGAAGUGACGGUGCUGGUGUAAGAUGAGAGCCAUAGCUCAUUUACUGACACGUCCGUUUUGGCCUGACGAUGAGGGGGGCUGGUGGGGUUUGUGAACAGCAAGAGUGGAUGUCCUGUAAAUAUGACCUCAUUGUAGAUGUCACCAAUUAAACAGGACAAGUGUAACCGCGGCGGUAAAGGUAGCUAGGUUUGAUGCACAGCAUGUUGUAGGUAUGCACUAGUAAAAUAGCAUCCAAUAUGAUGUGAAGGGUUUGAAAUUUGGCCAAGUUAAAAGAUCACUUUUAUUACCGCACUUGCAGAUGGGAGGUUUAAUCCAGGUUCUGUUGUUUUCUACUCUAUUGAAAUGUUUUUUUCUCCUUAACCUGUCCACAAUGAAGACCUGCCAAAACACCAUUCCAAUAUUUAACGACCCGAUUUUCUCCUCUAGAAAAUGAAAACGAACCAAAACUAUAUUUUGUAGUGAAGUGAGGAACAUUCAUGGUGUUACUCUGAUGAUGGUAGAUGAGUCAAAGUGAUCAAUGCAUCCCAGAGUCUUUUAUUAUCCUGAGAAGUAGGCUUUCCUCAUAGAGCGGGCAUCAGAACAUGCCUCUGCUGAACAAUAUACCAGAGUGAAAAAACCCCGGAAGCUGAAAAAAAAAAAAAAAAAUGUAACCCAAUCAUUGUUCUGUGUACACUGCCACAUGAUGCAUAAUGUACGUAGUAGCACUGGAAUAAAUCAACUUUUAAUGGAUGGCAAAUGGAUUUAACAUGUUCUCUGUAUACUGUUCCUUGUUUCUUCAUUUUGCAGGUAACCUUUUGUCCUAGCAAGGAGAGACACCAAGGCCAAACCAUUAAAGACUAUCUUCAGAUAUGA